GAGUUCAUUUUUUAAGUGUAACAAACGGAAACGACGUCACAGUUGUGCUGAAUCAGCUGAAUCCAGCCGGAAGCAAAACAAAGCGUUAGUGCGCAGGCGCCGCAGAGUUCUUUACAGUUUUUCUGUUCUUUUCUUAUCUUUUUUCAUUUCAUAUUUUUUCUAAACAAACAGUUUUGGGAUCAGAGCCCGCUGACGGCACGUGUAGGAACAGGAGCGCACGAGACCUCCUGCGCGUGCAACCCGGAAGAGAGGCGGACGGGCGGCUCAGGUGAGCGAACACCCAGAGAAGUUCCUCCUGAGCGCCUGGUUCGGUUCCUGCUGACCCGUCAUCCGGUCUCUGUGGAGCUCCUGGUCAGAACCAGAGAUGAAAAGUGGGCGAGCGCUUGCCGUGCUGGUGGGAGGAGUCUUUUUCCUGGCUGUGAUGUCACUGUACCGCAUGCUUGACUUAAUGCAGGGGGCGGAGCCUCAGCUCAGAGGGGAGUGGUCUGCAGGACAGUUUGACCAGGACUUGUCCCGCCUCCGGAACAAGAUUGACAGGCUGGAGCGGCUCCUCGUUAGCAACAACCGCAUGGUGGCCAUGCUGCGAGACUCUCUGCACAUCCACAAACAGGGCGGGGCCAAUAAGAGUGCAGGCUCCUCCCAUUUUCAGAAAGAGUCAUUACCUGGAUGCCGGUUGGCUCAGCAGAAGGACAGUCCCGCCAGCGUGCAGCUGCUGGACGUGUACGACCUGCUGCCCUUCGAUAACCCCGACGGCGGCGCGUGGAAGCAAGGCUUCCAGAUCAGCUACCAAGGAAACGAGUGGGCGGAGCAGCCGCUGGAACUCUUCCUGGUUCCGCACUCUCACAACGACCCAGGCUGGCUGAAGACCUUUGACGGGUACUACCGGGACCAGACCCGGCACAUCCUCGACAACAUGCUUCUGAAGCUGGGCGAGGACAGCCGGAGGAAGAUGGUCUGGGCUGAAAUCAGCUACUUCUCUAAAUGGUGGAACGAAAUUGAUGAGCAGAAGAGAGCCAUGGUCAAACGGCUGGUGGAGGCGGGGCAGUUGGAGAUGGUGACCGGCGGUUGGGUGAUGGCGGAUGAAGCCAACUCUCAUUACUUUGCCCUGCUGGACCAGCUGAUGGAGGGUCACCAGUGGCUGCAGACUCACCUGGGAGUGAAGCCCAGCACUGGUUGGGCAAUAGACCCGUUUGGACACUCCCCCUCCAUGACCUACUUGUUGAAAGGGGCGGGUCUGCGUAACAUGGUCAUCCAGCGGAUUCAUUAUGCAGUCAAGAAGCAUUUUGCCAGUGAGAAGACGCUGGAGUUUCUAUGGCGACAGAGCUGGGACUCCUCCCACAGCAGCGACAUCACGUGCCACAUGAUGCCUUUCUACAGCUAUGAUGUGCCGCACACAUGCGGCCCCAACCCGGCCGUCUGCUGCCAGUUCGACUUCUACCGUCUGCCGGGGGGGCGCAUCUCCUGCCCGUGGAGGAUCCCUCCGCAGCCAAUCACAGAGAGGAAUGUCAAGGAAAGAGCCCACCUGCUGCUGGAUCAGUACCGGCAGAAAUCCCGCCUCUUCCGCACUCCGGUUCUCCUGGUUCCUCUGGGGGAUGACUUCCGGUAUGUGGAGUCCAGCGAGUGGGACGCCCAGUUCAACAACUACCAGAAGCUCUUUGACUAUUUCGACCAGCACCCAGAACUCCACAUUAAGGCACGCUUUGGUACGUUGUCCGAUUACUUCUCUGCCCUCCAUCGGCACCUCGGCGCCGCCGACAGCAGCCUGCCGACGCUGAGUGGAGACUUUUUCACCUACGCCGACAGGGAUGACCACUACUGGAGUGGGUACUAUACGUCACGACCGUUCUACAAGAGGCUGGACAGAGCUCUGGAGACCACGCUCAGAGCCACGGAGAUCCUCUUCAGUCUCACGCUGGCUGAAAUGCGUCGUUCCCAUGGCGACCUUGUUGCGGGGUUUCCUGCACGGGAACAUUUCCAGCGCCUGGUAGAGGGGAGGCGGAGCUUAGGACUGUUCCAGCAUCAUGAUGGCAUCACUGGCACCGGCCGGGAUCCGGUGGUGGUGGACUAUGGAACCAGGUUGUUCCAUGCUAUCCUCAACCUGCGCCAAGUCCAACAGAGCUCCGCCCACUGGCUCCUCCUCCUGGACAAGAACCAGUACCAGCAUGACCCGUCUAAGCCUUUCCUGCAAACGGAUGACGUCAUCCCCGCUCAGGAUGCUCUUCCACAGAAGACACCACUCGUGCUGAGUGACGAGCCCAGGACGCUGGUCGUCUACAACCCGACCGAGCAGCGGCGCUCCUCCGUCGUCAGUGUUGUGGUCAGCUCUCCAGACGCUCGCGUCGUCGACUCGGAGACGGCCCAGCCAAUGCCUGUUCAGAUAUCUGCGGUCUGGGUGGAGCCACAUCAGGCGUCCUCUGAGGCCUUCCAGCUCUCCUUCAUCGCUGAACUUCCACCGUUGUCGCUGACCGUGUAUCAUGUGACCAAAGCUCCUGCAGGCUCCACCCCCCGCUCCAGCUACGUCAUCCAUCGCCACGGCAACCCCCCGAGCGUAGCUGCCCAGCACUUCCAGGUGUCCCGCCUGGAAGCAGCUGAAGCUGCAGCCCAGCUGACGCUCAGCAACAAGCAGCUGCAGCUGUGGAGCUCAGCGGAGACGGGGCUGCUGCAGAUGCUCCGCCUCUCUUCCGGUCUGGUCCGCCGGGUCCAGGUGAAGUUCCUGUGGUACGGAACCACGACCAACAGGGACAAGAGCGGCGCGUACCUGUUCCUGCCUGGGCAGGGGGGCGCGCAGCCCUACACCUCCGAGCCCCCCCUGGUCCGGGUCUCCAAGGGCCCCAUCUUCUCUGACAUCACUUCCUGUUUCAAGCACGUCACGCACAGAGUCCGCCUCUACCACCUGGAGGGGCAUUCUGGGAAAUCCCUUGAGAUUUCCAACACGGUGGACAUCAGAGCGGAGGUUAACCGGGAGCUCGUCAUGCGACUGGAGAGCGACGUCGCCAGCGGAAACCGCUUCCACACCGACCUCAACGGCUUCCAGAUGCAGGAGCGCCGCACUCUGGAGAAGCUCCCCCUGCAGGCCAACUUCUACCCCAUGAGCUCCUCCUCCUUCCUGCAGGACUCGCUCAGCCGUCUGACGCUGCUGUCGGCGCAGAGCCAGGCUGUGGCGUCGCUGCACUCAGGUGAGCUGGAGGUGGUCCUGGACCGCCGGCUGCAGCAGGACGAUAACCGCGGUCUGGGUCAGGGCGUGACGGACAACAAGCUGACAGGAAGUCUGUAUCACCUGCUGCUGGAGGACCGGAAGGCGCCUCAGGUGAGGGAGGGUGGGGGGCCCGUUUGUGUGUUUCUUUCUUACGGUUUUCUCAAUUCCAUUUCUCAGCAGGAUGUGGGAGGAUCUUCUACGGAUCACCUGUCUCUGCUCGCCCACCUGGACUCGCUCUCCCUCUGCCACCCACCCAUAACCAUGUUCGCCCAGAGCAACAGCCAGCUCCCGAAGCUCCGCCCCUUCCUGCCUCUGCACUCGCCGCUGCCGUGUGACAUCCACCUGCUCAACCUUCGGACUCUGGAGCGAGAACAGGAAGCCGGUGCUCCUUCACAGGAAGUGGCUCUACUGCUGCAUAGGAAGGGCUUUGAAUGUAGCUCCGCCCCUGAGCCGCCGCCACAGUGCACGUGGAGUGUGCACGAGGAGGUGAACUUGGACGACCUCUUGUCUCCGCUUCAGUUCCGCUCCAUCCGCCGCUCUGGUCUCACGCUGCUGCGCGACCACGACGAGCCCGCCAGGCAGCCGCCGCCCCGGCUGGCAAAGCUGCGGCCGAUGGAGAUUGCGGCGUUCCGGGCCGUUCUGGACUGAACCCUGAACUGUAUCAUCACUGCAGCCAAUCAGAGCGGCCUGGAGGGCGCCGCCGUCCAAUCAGAGAGCACUGGAAACUAGAAACUAGAAGCCAUAUUUAUUUAGAGGAAACGCUGAAGCUGUGUGGAGCGGGCGUUUCCACGGCAACAGUCUAACCUGCUGACGGAUGAUCUUGACCUGAUGGGGUUUGGGAUGUGUUUGCAUUUCUUGAUUUGAAGGGAAUUCUGGAAAAACUUGCUACUAUUUUUGUAAUUCAGAUGAUUUUGUCUUAGAAUGUGAAAAUGUUUCUCUGCCGGUGAAAUAAAGUUUAUGUUUUAAUAAGA